UACCCCCCCCCCUCAACACCAGGACACAACUGAAAGUGGAUCUGGGAUUACAGUGACCCACAUUGGUAUGACGUGGAUGCAGGUAUAUUUGUAUGCCAAAAGAAGUUGAUAAUUCUUUGGAAGUGUGCUCUAAUAUGUUGGAUCAUUAACGUUAUGUCAUAAAAACAUCUCUAUCGCGAAGACCAUCACAAGUAAAGGAUGUCAACUAGACUCAAGAUUAUAUUCGCCACUAUAAUGCUGUCACUGACGCAUGUCACGACUCAAGCAUGUAAUGUUGGCUGGUUUGGUACCAACUGUCAGUAUAAAUGUCACUGCAGCAAUAACCAACAAUGUGACGAUAGCGGAAGGUGCACGAGUGGAUGUGAUCCUAAAUGGUUUGGACCCAGCUGUCAAUUCGAGAAUAUUGCUGACAUAAACACAAUUAGUUCACCCUUUAAAAAUAAUGACAACUGUGUAAAAAGAGGUUUACCUGUUGAGAUCAAGUGGAAUAGAGAGUAUAUACUUACAUGGAUGAGAUUAGUGUUUAGUCACAAAGCAGAAACAAAUAUAUCUGUUACAGCAAACAGCAGCAAAGGUGAAUCCAUAAAGUGUAUCAACCACACUAUUACUGUAAUUAACGAAACAACUUUAGAUUUCCAUUGUAACCAUUUAAUCUACAUGAAGGAAGUUAAGAUAGAGAUGUCUUCAAAUUCAAGUCUAUGUUCCUUAUUUAUAAGUGGAGGACGUAACGUUGCCAUAAAACAACUGGCAAAACAGACAGGAACUUAUACUGACCUCAACUAUCAGUAUAAAGAUACCCAUGCCGAGAACGCUGUCGACGGUAACACUAGUGGAGACUUUAAAAAUGUCAAGAGCUGCACACAUACAGAUACAACAGACAUACCGAAAUGGAACCUAACUUUGAGUAAAACAUUUCCAGUUUACAAAUAUGUCAUCUAUAACAGAAAAGACAACGCUGAUCGGCUAAGGAACUUUACAUUAAAAUCAAGCAACAGCAAAGGAGAAGUGUUUUCUUACCAGGAUCCAAACACCAUACAGCCAGUCUAUACUGUCCUUCACAACAACACAAACAGAGACAUUAAUUCCGUUGAAAUUAGUAUUGUCAACUCAUCCAAGAUUCUUACUUUAUGUGAGGUUGAAAUUUACGGAGACUCCAUCUGUGAGCACGGCAAGUUUGGCCGAGACUGUGAGUACUCGUGUAACUGUGACGUCACAUCUGAGACAUGCUUGGUCAGUACAGGCGGAUGUCCGUCUGGUUGUAGAGCUGGUUUCUAUGGUGAAGGAUGUAUUGCCACCUGCCCAUCUGGCAAGUAUGGUAAAGAUUGCGCCAACUACUGUGAUCUGAGAUGUUAUGGUACACAGUGUGAUCACGUGACUGGUGUCUGCACCAAUGGGUGUGAAGCUGGGUACAUGCCUCCAAACUGCCAAGAGGAAUGUAAGGCUGGCUUUUACGGAAUGAACUGUUCCAGUACCUGCUCCAGUCAUUGCAACACGACUUGUAAGGCAACAGAUGGAACUUGUCAAUGUAAACCAGGAUAUGAAGGAGCAACUUGUACAAACGCAUGUAGAGAAACAUUCUACGGUGUAGAUUGUAAGGCCAGCUGUAGCAUGAACUGCUUGAAUCAGUCUUGUGACAAUGUUGAUGGUAGAUGUAAGGAGUGUAUUCCUGGCAAAACUGGAGACUUCUGUGAAAAAGACUGUGAACCAGGAUUAUAUGGCCCAAAAUGCGCCAGCAAAUGUGAGUCAACUUGUAAAGGAGCAAAUAAUGACUGUAGGCCAGAGAAUGGAACUUGUUUACUUGGCUGUGAUGAUGGAUACAGAGGAGAACUGUGUCGAGACGUUACUAAAGGAAAAGAUAUAAGUACAGAUAAUCAAAUUGACAUAGAUCAAAUGAAAAUCCCAAUCAAUUGCAAUGCAUCCAUGUCUGUGGGUUUGAAUACAGAAAACAAAGCUAAAAAUCGAUACAAAAAUAUAAGUGCAUAUGACCAUUCCAGAGUCCAUCUCAUGUCUUGCCCUGAGAAAAAACAAGGAGACUACAUAAAUGCCUCAUUUGUUAAGAGUUACAAAAAUAAUGAGAUAUUUAUUGCAUCACAAGGUCCAAACAAAAUCAUCCUUGAAGAUUUCUUGAGAAUGAUAUGGGAACAAAAGUCUGAAAAAGUUGUUAUGCUCACCAACCUGAUAGAAGAAGGCAAACAAAAAUGUGAACAAUACUGGCCAGAUGAGAAUGCAGCAAAGUUUGGUGAGAUUGAGGUGAGGCUGAUCAACAAACAGGUGUUUGCUGACUACACAGUUAGGAAACUUGAACUUUGGAUGGUUGGCGAAGCCUCACACCCAUUAACACAUUUUCACUUCACUUCAUGGCCUGACAAAACUGUGCCAUCAACUCCGUGGAGUUUGGUGGACUUCCAUCAACGUGUUUUCUCUACUCCUGCCAGUAAAGCUAUAGUUGUGCACUGCAGUGCUGGUGUAGGAAGAACUGGAACAUUCAUUGGUUUACACAAUGUAAUCAAACAAGCAGAGGCCACACAAACUGUGGAUUUCUACACCACAUUAAAAUCUUUAAGAGAAGACAGGGUCUACAUGAUCCAGACUGCGGAGCAGUACAUCUUUCUGCACCACGCUGCACAAGUUGGGAUAUUGUGUGUUGGCACCACUAUCCAGCGACAUGACAUCAGUGAAAAGAUUUUAGAACUUGAGAUGAAAAACACUGACAAAUAUAAUUUUGAAAAAGAGUUUAAGGCUGUUUGUGAAGUUUGCUCUGACAAGGAUGAAGGAAGAGAUGAUGAGGGAUCUGCUGGCAGUCUCUACCAAAACAGUCGAACAAUCGGGAACAAAGUCAAAAACAGAUUCAGCAAUAUUUUACCAAAAGAGCAACACCGUCCAUUUUUAUACUGUGAUUCUAAAGAUAUGGGAGACUACAUAAAUGCUGUUGCUAUACCUAGCUUUACCAAACAGAAGCAACAGUUUCUCACUCAAAUUCCUUUACCUACAACAGUGGUUGAUUUCUGGAGACUGGUGACUCACUUUAAAGUUUCACUAAUUGUAGCUUUUGAAGUGGACCCUAAAGAUAAGGAUUCUACAAUAGGUGAAUACCUACCAACCACAAAAGGUGUACCAGUCAACUGUGGAAACACUGAGGUAGAAACAUGUUCGGUGACAGAGGGCCAGUGUUGGGAGGAGCAAACUUUGUCUGUAACACUGCACAAAAAGAGGAAGACAAGGCCGUCAAUACCUUCAAGUAGUACUCCAGAAACUGUAACUCAUCUAAAAUACACAGCCACUGAUUAUAAACCACAGAACAUUUUACCUUUUGUCUUACAUGCUAGGUCAAAGAAGACUCAAGAUGGCAAAGUUGUUUACACAUGCAGGAAUGGUGCUGACCACAGUGGGCUGGCCUGUGUUUUGUCUCUACUGAUAGACAGAAUGGACCACGAUAAUUUGUUAACAGUUCCAAUCGUUGUUGGCACAAUAAAAUCUAUCAGACCACAAGUUAUUCCAACAUUAGAGCAGUAUAAAUCCCUAUACUACUCACUUAAAAUGUAUGUUGAGACUGAUUCUGUUUAUUCAAACUUUGAGACCAGAAAUAAUGGAUUGGUUAAUGCAGCUUUUGAAGACAACAAGGAUGAUAUCAAUGUUUAUGCCAACUCAUAAGAAUUGUAAAAGUGUUAUUCAGUGAUCUAAACUAUGCAGUCAAAAUACAAUUGUGAACAAUUUUUAUUCUUUUCAUAAAAACUAAUGAGUCUGUAAUUUUUUUUUAAAAUAUAUAUAAAUAUGUUAUUUUAUAAUUUUAAUUUUCUAGACUUUUCAAUGAAACUUGGUUACACUUACUAUAAAAAAAUGACAAUUAAUAAUAAUUACUUCUGAAACUAAGCAUGUAUAGUAUAGUGAUAAUGAUAUUGAAAAUUGAACAAAGAAUAAAUUCAUUAAUCAAAACAGAAUGAAAAUAUAAAUCAUUUUUUUAAUAUACUGUUAUUUGUAUGGAUUAUUUUUUUAUUGUGAAUAUGUUUGUUUUAAUCCAGUUGUCAUCCCUAACAGAACUUUAAUUCAUACAUUCAAAUAAAUUGUAUUACCUUCUAAAUUAAUUAAUUAGAAUGUAAAAAAACUCUGCUAGUUUUCUUAACACAGCUGUUUAUGUAUACAAUAAAUACUUGAUGCGGCUUGCAUAUGAAUGUGCCAAGUUUGUGUUAGGGUUAUCAAAAUGAAACCACAUUUUUUAUUUUAUAAUUAUCAUAAUUAACUGAUUACAGUUUUGAGUUAAAAGAGUAGAGAAAAAAAUUGAAGCACAGUUUGCCCUACAAUAGAAAUGCUCUGCUGACACCUAGAUUUUAUUGUACAUUGUAAUUAUCAUUGUUUCUCAACUUUUUGUAUUUUCUAAUAGUAGGCAGCUUUUAAACAAAUAUUAUUGGCAGGUCUAUCUUUGUAUUUUUUUGGAAGCAUUUAAAUAAGUUCCUACAUAGACUAUCUUUUACAUGUUUAAAUCAUGCUUUAGCCCACAUCAUCAAAUAGCUCUAUGUAGAUGCCUUAUCUUCAAUGUAAAUUAGUUCGCCUAUAUAUUUUUAACAACUUUGUUAUGGAUGUUAAUGUUAGUCUCCUAUGCACUUGUAAAACCUGUUUUACUUUAUGGAGCUGAAACAUGGAGAAUAACUGCUACAAAUAAGAAGAAAAUACAACCAUUUAUAAACUCAUGCCUCAGAUAGAUCAUUCCAAUAUGCUGGCCUAAAACCAUCUAAAAUGAGGUACUAAGGCAACGGUCUAAUCAACUAACAGCUUAAGAAGAGAUCCUCCAGAGCAAAUGGAGAUGGAUUGGCUACACACUCAGGAAGCCAGUAUUCAGCAUAACAAGAUAGGCCCUCACCUGGAAUCAACAGGGCAAAAGGAAAAGAAGGACCAAUAUCUGAAGACGUGACUUGAAAGAAAAGACCAAAAGAUUGGAUACACCUGGGGACAGUUGGAGAGACUAUCCCAGGACAGAGACGCCUGGAAAGCUCUUGUCAGCGUCCUAUGUCCCAGGAGGGGCGACAGGCUAACCCAAAAACUCCUACAUUAUAUUAUCAUCUUGGCUCAACUACUGUAGUCAUUUUAGUCAGUAAACAAAUUUGAGAUAUGAAUGUAUAUUUUUUGUUAUAUUUAUUCAUUUUCUAUUUCCUCUAUUUAAAUACACGCUGCUUUUCAAAUUUG